ACCGGGGUGACCUCGAUGUCCCCUCUCUGCGCCCCCCGAGCGGCGUCACCAUCCGCCCGGUUCCACCUUAACCGGAGCGGCCGCUCCGCUCUGCCCGCGCUGCCCGGGCGGCUCCGCGGGAGCUCAGGGGCGUUUAUCUCUCCCGGGAUCAGCCAAUAUUUGUGGCCACGUCAGGAGAACGAGCCCAUCCUCGCUCCCAGCUCCCGCUGUGUCCACUUCCACCACCCUGCUCCUUUCUGUCCCCGCCGCUGCCGCUCUCUCAUCCCGUUCGUCUUCUCGGACACUGCUGGAACCCCCACGCUGUCACCUCCCGCCACCGACAUGACGGUCACCGUGGCUCUCCUGCUCCUGAGCCUCCUGCGGGUGGUGGCCGCCAAAAGCGCGUGGUGCCCGGCCUGCGGGGUGGCCGCGCUGACCCCCGGAACGCAGCGGGACGCGCUCCUGGCGCUGGCCAAGCAGAGCAUCCUGGCCAAACUCCGCUUGCCAGCCAGACCCAACAUCCCGCAUCCUCCAUCCCGGGGGGCUCUGCUGACCGCGCUCCGCAGGAUGCGAGCGCAGCGCUCGGACGCUGCCGCUUUCCCGGGGAUGCUCCGGGAUGGUUCAGCCCCAGCCCGGAGCCCUGCGGUGGGGCUGCAGGAAUACGAGAUCCUGAGCUUUGCUGAGUCAGGAUCCUCCACUUCCCACAGCGUCCACCUGCAUUUCCGCUUCUCCCAGGAGGUGGCCGGGARCACCGAGAUCCUGCGGGCCACCCUCUACCUGUUCUGGGCAUCCCCCAGCCCCGGGGCACAGCCCGUCACCGUCAGGCUCCUGCAGCCGGACCCGGCGGGGCCAAACAUGACGGUGACCAGCGAAACACGGCUGGARGUGCAGAGAUCGGGCUGGACCACGCUGGACGUCGGACCAGCUGUCCGGAGCCUCUUCGGACAAGAGAUUCCUCGGCUCACGGUGGAACUGGAGGUGCCAGAGGAYUGGGGGUCCCCGCUCCCAUCCCACCAAAGUGACUCCAACUGGCCGUUUGUGGUGACCCAAGCCCGGGCCAGGACACCGCACCGCAUCCAUCGUCGCGGCGUCGAUUGCGGCGGGGACUCCCCGAUGUGCUGCCGCCAGGAAUUCUUCGUGGACUUCAAGGAGAUCGGCUGGGAGGACUGGAUCAUCCAGCCCGAGGGGUACCACAUGAAUUACUGCUCCGGGCUGUGCCCGCUGCACAUGGCCGGAAUCCCCGGUCUCGCCGCUUCUUUCCACACCGCCGUCCUCAACCGAAUCAAGGCGGCGAGCGCGGCGGCGGCUGUGGAUUCCUGCUGCGUCCCCACCCAGCGCCGGCCCCUCUCYCUGCUCUAUUACGACCGCGACAGCAAUAUCGUCAAAACCGACAUCCCCGACAUGAUCGUGGAUUCCUGCGGCUGCACCUGAGCGCKGCCGGAGCGGGCGGGAGGGAGGGCAGGACACGGCAGCGCAGGGCUCCACCUUCCCGGUUCUGCCAAGGGGGUUUCUUCUCCCGAGGGUGAAGCGUCGAGGGUGAUGCUGAAUGUGCAAAUCCGCUCCUCCCUCGCCUUCCACACGGCUUUUUCCCCAUUUGGAUCUGCCCCUCAGAGCGGCUCCUGAUGGACUUCAGAGUCUUCYCCUGCCGGAUGCUGCAGAGCCCGGAUCAGGAUGGUCCCGGCCCAAAGUGUGCUCUGAGUGUGGCUACAACACCAGAUCCUCCAGUGGCCACCCGGGGCUGCUGGGGCUGGCAAGGACAGAAGGCAGGGGUCAUCCCCAUGGCCACACUCAGCUGGACAUGUGGCUGAGCAGGGAGAGGAAAGGGAAAUUGGACCCAGUGGGAGGAAUGUGUCUCCCUCUCYGGGGAUCCCAGCUACCCGGUUUUCAAUAAAGACUCCCAGCCGUGGUCUG